AUGGUGUCCAAGCUCGUCCUCGCGGCCCUACUCGCGGCGCCCGCUGCCUUAGCUGCCCCCGUCGCUGGCGGAGCGGUUGCUGUCAUGGACGAGCGCGGUUUCGAGGCUGCGGAGUUCGACCCCAGCAAGCGAGCUGCUGACAUUGCGUUCAUCGAACGAUCGUUUGCCGAUGUGAGCAGAUGGGGCGAGGGCAACAACAAGAACGGCGAGUACAAGGGCGACAACAACAACAAGAACGGCAACUACAACAACAAGAAUGGCGACUAUAACAACAAGAACGGCAACUACAAGGGUGACAACAACAACAAGAACGGCGAGUACAAGGGCGGCAACAACAAGGGUGAUGACAAGAAUGGAUACAACAACAAGGGCGAUAACAAGAGUGGCCACCAAAAGAGGGGUGAAGAGCAGAACGGUGAUGGCCAGAACCACGAUGACAAGAACGGCCAAAACUAUGACGACAAGAAGGGUGACGGCCAGAACUGGGACAACAGGAAUGAAGAUGGUCAGAACUGGGACAACAAGCAGGACGAUGGCCAGAACUGGGAUAACGAGAAGGGCUACGGCCAGAACUGGGACAACAAGGGUGAUGGCCAGAACUGGGACAACAACAAUGGCUACGGCCAGAACGGCUACGGCAACAACUGGGGCAACAAGAACGGAGAAGGUCAGAACUGGGACAACAAGAAUAGCCAGAACUGGGGCGGCAACAAGGGUGGUGAUGGCAAGGGCCAAUGGUAA